ACCUCACACCAUACAUCCAUAACCAAGCAUCCUCAUCUACCAUCAAUCAACACAAUGUCUUCUUCUACCUCACUAACACUCUUCUUCUUCUUCGCUUCUGCCUUCCUCUACACUCCAUCAGACUCAUUCAACAUCACAACCAUCUUAAGCCAAAACAAAGACUUCUCCACUUUCAACAAACUCCUCUCCCAAACCGGACUCGCUUCCACCAUCAACUCCCGCCAAACCAUAACCGUCCUAGCCCUCGCCAACGACGCAGUGUACCUGUUCGGCGACCAAUCAAUGGAAGACAACAAGGUAGUCCUCAGCCUCCACAUCAUUCUCGACUACUACGACAUCAAGAAACUCAAGAGCCUUAGCAAGAAAACAGCGAUACUCACCACUCUCUUCCAACAAAGCGGCCAAGCCAAAGGCCAGCAAGGGUUCGUAAACGUCACCGUUAAGGAUAACGGCGACAUUGCGUUCGGAUCCGCGGUUCCUGGUUCGCUCCUUGACUCUCAGGUUAUAGACUCGGUUGCGUCAGAGCCGUUCAACAUCUCGGUGCUCCAUAUUAGUAGCUAUAUACCUUUAAUGAAUCCUAAUCCUUCUGAUAAAAUUUAUACUUCGUCUUCACCACUUCCUGCACAAGCUCCUAAUGAUGAUGAUUAUGAGUAUGACGAGCCACCUUCGCCACCAUCCCCACCAUCAUCCUCUGUCAAGGCUAAGGCUCCUGCUGCUGCUAAGGCUGCUGCUGCUGCUCCUAAGGCAUCUGCUAGCAAAGCCAACUCAACAACUUCAGCUUCAGUUAUUAAUUCUCAGCUUGACUUGGCGUUUGCGGUCGUGAUGUCAUCCUUCUGGUUGUUCAUGACGGUUUAAUGACGUGAUGGUUAAAAGUUGACAACAGUGUGAAAGAAUGAAAAAAGAUGAGAUCAGCUUUUUGAGACCAAGAAAAUAAAAGAAGAUUGGCAGGGAAAAGUGUUCAAGUAAUCACCCAAAACACUAAAGAAGGAGCAAAGCUUGGAUCACAAGAAGAAAUAAGUGAGUUCAAUAAGGAUGGGGAAAGUUGUAAAACUCAAAAACUCUUUAUUUGUUUGGAAGCUUGGAUAUGAUCUUUAUUAAGUUGUGAAAGAUAAUAAUUGGUGCUUUGGCUUUU